GCCCGCUCGCUCGGUGUUUCCUCCCCUCCUGCGUCCAUCCCUCUCCAGUCCUCCUUGGCCCAAACCAUGGCAGGCGCUCCAGAGCUGCCUGAUGACAUCCUGCUGGCCAUCUUCUGCCUGCUUCCGAUCAAUGAGCUGAUCCAGAACUGCCGCCCGGUGUGCUCGCGGUGGCGGGAUGUGGUGGACAGCCCUUUCCUCUGGAAGUACAAGUAUCAACAGGACGAUGCCGCCCUCAGGAUGCCAAAGACCUUCUACAUUUUCUGCCACAUGGAGAAGAACCUAAUCAAGAACCCUUGUGGUGAUGAAGGACUGGACUUUUGGGAUACGGCCACGCCUUCAAGUGGGCAGUGGAAAGUUAAAGAUGUCUUUGAGAAGGAUUUGGCAAGGAUCCAGGCCUGGGACUUCCUUCAGAGGAAUAUUUAUAUAAAAGACGAACACAUACCCUAUCAAGACGUUGAAAAAUGUUUUGCUGUGUAUAACGGGCUCUGCACAAAGUCUCAGCUCAUCACUCUGAAGGAUGAAGGUUACUGGGAUCAGCUGAUGGAUAACGGGAGACCCACCAUUGUGGUGAAGGAUUGGUUUUACAGCAGCUUCAACUGCCACUACACGUUUUGUGUGAAGCUGCUGUCCGAGGAUUUCCAGGUCAUUCGAGAGUAUCACUCGAAGAACAAAUACAAAUACGACUCGGAGUACGAUGAUGAAUGGCGUCAGGUCUCGCACGCUUUUCACAACGUCCCUCCUGGAAUCCGUCACAUCUUCUUUCAGCACCAAGGCCAGCAUUUCAACUGGCAGCAAUCGAGUUGCGGCACCAAGCUCAUGAAGUGCUUGAGGAUGGCCAAAGAGAGGGGCAAAUCGAAAAGAAUGAGGAUCACCAAAACGAGCAUCACCAUCGGACCGUUCUCCCUAGACAAGGCCAUGCACAACAGACACGGCCGAGACAUUAGACACUGUCACUACAGUUGCACCCGAGAGGGCAGACACAAAAGCAGAGGUGUGUCCUUGCGACUUUUUUCUCCCCCCAGAAGUUAAAGUGAAGCAGCGGCACUGGACACAGGGCGAAGUGGGCAGGAGAUAGUUUAUCUGCUUGUCAUUCCCCCUGAAACAGAGCAUUUUUUUUUUAAAAAAAAGAAAGCACGUCCAGAAUCCAGACCGUACAACAUGAUGGACUUUAUUGGUCACCCAAAAAAAAAAAUGUAGGCUACCACGAGGCAUCGAAACACACAAAUGAUUUGUGCGGUUUGCUUGGUAUGUCUUUCGUUGGGAAAACCCUUUGCCCUCCGAAGCUUUUGAACAUCUCAGCGGCUAUUUUGGGGGGGUCUCCCCCAAGUGCACACGGAAUCAGAACGCAAGGAAAGAGAGUGAGGGAACGGGUGGAUAUUCUACCAGAGGCUAAAUUCUCUUUUCCCUCUGAAAUGAGAUUAUUAUUUCUUCUUCCACCCUUGCAAAUGUUGUAACAUUCGAUGUCAAGUACUUUUAUUGUCCUUUCAUUUUCCGGGCUGUUAUGACAACGGCCCGGAUAAUAAAAUCUUCUGCAAGGCUCCUGUUCGUGCCGGCUACAUCGCUGCUACAACAAUUGCCACUCCAUGCAAUCUUCAAAACAUGCUCCAAAUGUGGCUUCACAAACUUCAACUGCAGUCUGGCUGGCCUAAGUAUUGGCCAGUCAGGUGAAGUAAUGGCUGAUUCGUAGGCAUUCUGCAUUUUCCCCACACCUAAAGCAAGGCGAUCUGGGGCCCGGAAAUGGCUUGACAUUACCUGGACAUGUCUUGGAGGACCUGUCUUGUAAAGGGAGCCUUCCUUUUUUUUCUCCUCCUCCUC